AUUUUACAUUCACUUUCAGUACACUUAUUUUUUGGUUUAUUUACAACCUCAAUUAAACAGUAAAAACAGCACAAAAAUGACAAAACUCAAGCUGGUUGCCGAACUCGCUGGACAUGAAGACCGAGUAUGGCAGGUGUCGUGGGAUCCGUUGGGAACCCGUUUGGCGUCAUGCUCGGGGGACAAGUCAGCGCGCAUAUGGGCGCCGAUCUCUGGUGAACCAUUUUUCACCACCGAGCACAGCGAAAAGCCCAUGGCGGCAGCAGCCAUCGGUGGCGGCGCAUCGAUGGACGUGGACCAGACGAGUGCUAGCACAUGGCAGUGUCUAGAUACUAUUGAUAACGCACACAAGCGCACAGUGCGUUCAAUUGCGUUUGAGCCGACUAGAGGCCGGGCAUUGGCGACGGCCAGCUUUGACGGUACAACAGCCAUUUGGGAGAAAGAGGGUGCGUAUGAGUGCGUAGCAACCCUGGAGGGACAUGAAAACGAGGCUAAGAGCGUGGCGUGGAGCCCCAGCGGCCAACUCUUGGCGACUUGUGGGCGGGACAAGAGCGUGUGGAUCUGGGAGUCUAAUGGCGAAGGCGACUUUGACUGCAUCAGCGUGCUGAUGGAGCACACGCAGGAUGUCAAAAUGGUGCUGUGGCACCCGAUGCAAGACCUCCUUGUUUCAUUCUCGUACGACGACUCUAUUAGAGUGUGGAAGGAGGAUGACGACGACUGGUACUCCGCGGCGACACUGACUGGGCAUUCGUCGACCGUAUGGGGCGGGGCGUUUAGUCCCGAUGGCCGAUUUUUGGCGUCAGUGAGUGACGACCGCACGGUGCGUGUGUGGACGCAGAAGUGCCAGGCGUCCUCAGCUGAGGAUGAUAAGGGCUUUUAUUAUCGCCCGGAUUCUGAGUUCCAAUGUGUUGCUGUUGUGCCCGACUCGGUCCACUCACGGGCCAUUUACUCGGUGUCGUGGACUGCUGCCUCUGCUGCUGCCUCUGCGGCUGCGGGUGACUAUGGUUUCCUAGCCACUGGGUCCGGGGACAACACCCUGCGCAUUCUCCGUGUUUCUGCGUCUGCAGCCGCUGGCGCCACUGGAAGCCAGUCUUCUGCGCUGGACAUAGAGCUUGUAUGCGAGCGUCAGAAUGCCCACGGUCUGAGCGACAUCAACUGUGUUAAAUGGAACCCUGUUUAUCCCAGCUGGCUGGCCACUUGCGGCGACGACGGCAUUGUACGCAUCUGGCAUUUGGAGUGAAGCGUGAGCAAUUCUAUAAUACCUGUUGGUUAUUCUUUAAUAUCAAAUAUAAAAUAAACAAUUGAAAAAGUUC